AUGAGCACGACCGGUGAAAAUCAUACAGACUCUACAUCCAGACCUAGCCCGGCCCCCAGUGCCACGGGCUCAACGGGGACCUCAGGAAUCACGGUGCGAGCCGGCCCCAACGGACACAUGAGUUUCAGAAGGCAACGUGCGUCGCGCGCUUGUGAGACGUGCCACGCUCGUAAGGUUCGUUGCGAUGCCGCCAGUCUAGGCGUGCCAUGCACCAACUGCGUGGCCUUUUCCAUCGAGUGCAAGAUCCCCACACCGAAACGCAAAAAGAAUCAGAACAAAUCGAAGGAGACGAGCGGAUCCGAAGCGGGCAGCGAGAGGCCCCCGACAAAGCAGGAAGAAGAAGCCCCCGCAGCAGAUGGCAAGAAUGCCUUUGGGUACCGCAGCAAUCGCAUGGCUGUCGACGGCAUGCCCGUCACCACCCUGUCCGAUCAGCAGGUCGCCGAACAAGCUUCUCAAAAUAACACCUAUGCCCAGUUCAUGAAGCCCAAGUUCGCCCGCGCCCCCAUAAAGGAAGCCGGGGAGGGUCGCCUACCUGGGCGAGUCGUCGAAUCUGUCGCUCCUGGUGCAGGAUCGCCAUGGAACGACCGAUGUCGUGCACUACCCCCCUUCCACAUCCGUGGCUCGCGCUCCCGAUUGACAGACUUGGAUAACCUGGAGUUGGAUAUACUACACCAACGUGGUGCAUUUCUGCUGCCACCCAAACCGCUGUGUGAUGAGCUCGUCGAGGCCUACUUCAAAUGGGUUGCCCCUGUCGUUCCCAUCGUGAACCGCAGUCGCUUCAUGCGCCAUUAUCGGGACCCCAAGAACCCACCAUCCUUGCUUCUUCUCCAAGCGAUUCUUCUGGCCGGAUCGAGGGUCUGCACCAACCCCCAGUUGAUGGAUGCGAAUGGCUCGACCACCCCUGCGGCCAUGACUUUCUACAAGCGCGCAAAGGCGCUGUACGAUGCCAACUAUGAAGACGACCGUGUCACCAUCGUUCAGGCUUUGGUUCUCUUGGGCUGGUACUGGGAGGGCCCGGAAGAUGUCACGAAGAAUGUGUUCUAUUGGACUCGGGUGGCCAUGGUUGUGGCCCAGGGAUCCGGCAUGCAUCGGAGCGUGGAAAGCUCGCAGCUGAGCAAGCCCGACAAGCGACUGUGGAAGCGCAUCUGGUGGACCCUCUUUACGCGAGAUCGAUCGGUUGCGGUCGCCCUAGGACGUCCCAUUGGCAUCAACACAGACGACUCGGAUGUGGGCAUGUUGACCGAAGACGAUUUCAUCGAGGACGAGAUCGACAUUGCGGCCGAAUAUCCCCCGGAUCCCGUGCAUGUGCAGUUCUUCCUCCAAUACGUCAAGCUUUGUGAGAUCAUGGGUCUUGUCCUAUCGCAGCAGUACUCGGUGGCAUCGAAAUCACGAAGAAUGAACGCUAUGGACCUGACGCACUCGGACAUGGCACUGGCCGAUUGGCUGCAGAAUUGUCCCCAAAGAAGUCUGCUGGCAGCGAUCGCGGCACCACUUCUGGGCCGCGCUUCUCCACGCAAACUACUAACGCACCAAGAAAUACGCUACACCCCGGCCUUCAUGUAUGUGCCCGCCCACCAGUGUGGCUCUUCUGAUACUCACCAAGUGAACAGUGUCUACAGUCUUUUCUCGGCUUUGAUUAUGCACGUCUAUCAAAUGCGGUCCUCAGUGCCUACCAUUGUCGCCACCUGCCAGGAAAGAAUCAACAUCUGUAUGCAGGCCCUCAAGGAUGUGUCCAAGGUUUGGCUGGUGGCAAAGAUGGUCCACACGCUGUUCGAGUCGAUUCUUGGAAACAAGGUUCUGGAAGAGCGACUCCAGAAGGCGGCCGGUAGAAGACACCAGAAAGUCCGGCCGGAGGCCAAUCAGCAACAGGCCUUGAGAAGACCCGAUCCGCCGCCCAAACGUAAGUUCGACGAUAUGGAUAUCGGUCUGCCGAAUGGAGGACCAACGCCGCCGGUGUCGUACGAGCGAUCACGGCCUCAAACGCCCGCCGUGACGCCUUCCCGGGAAUUGAGCCAACCGGGCUUGGGGGUGCCCCAGGCAUCCCCCACGGCUCACCGGGACGGAGGCCCUGGCAACUCUCGGGCCAACACCAGACCGACGACUCCCUUCAAUGGCCAGUUCUCCCUGCCGGCUACGCCCCCGGAUCUAUUCCUUGUCACGCGUACUUCUCCCAAUCUGUCGCCGUCUCUGUGGGAGAACUUCCAGCCUGAUCAGCUAUUCCCGGAUGGCACCGCGAUCUUCCCCGAAUUGACCUCUCCCCAGCACAAUGCGGUUGAUCCCCAGCUACAGAUGCAGACUCAGCUCCAGACGCAGGGGAUAGAUCAGCGGAUGAUGGGGCAGCCGGUGCCGUCGCGCAGCAUGUCAGGGACACAAGGCAGUCCCGAGUUGCUGUCAAGCAUGCCUCCGGGCAUUCCCUUACAGGGACAGCAACCGCCACAGAUGUUUGGCAUGGAGCACCAGGGAUCGUGGCCGAUGCAAGGCCUGGAGGCAACCCUGAGUGCUGCAACCGUGGAUCCCGCCAACCAGGAUGAUAACUGGAGUAGCAGCUCUCGUAGCGGGCCGACCGCGCCCACGACUUUGAACGUUGAGGAUUGGUUCCAAUUCUUCGGCAUUAAUGGCAGCUUGGGAUGGAAUGCGAAGACUGUCCAUGAUAUCUCUUUGAAGUUGGCCUACCGCUCUAACUGGCAGCCACCCCACAACAAGCAAAGUCAUCAUCUGACCAACCCUCCUACGCGCUAA